AUGGCGUGGGCCGUCCACGCCAUGAGCAACAAUCACGACGUCGGGACUCUGGGCCUGGCGCUCCGGGCGCCCAGGGGGUCUUUUUUCCCUGCCUCGUCCUUUGGCGCUCUGGGCGCGCGGACCGUGGAGGCCGCAGCCUCUGGGCGCGCAGCGGACAUGUGCGCGCCGCGCCCUCGCGCGCUGGCGUGCGUCCACGAUGCCGAUGCCGCUGCUCUCCCCCUGAGAUCCAGGCGUCGCCAUGUGCUCACACCGCUUCCUCCUCCGAGGAGGAAACUACACAUCGCCUGUCUCUUUCUCUUCGGCAUCGGCAGCGGAAAACCGCCAGACACGACGUGA